AUGGGUAAUGACGGCGGAUCAAUCCCCACCCGGCGCGAACUCGUCAAGAACGCCGCCCGCGCACUCAAUACAACCGAACUAAAAGCUACCCAACAAGAAGCGCAAACCCACGCCUGGACCUGGUGCCCUCUAUCAAAUCGACCUCUCACCACGCCUAUAGUAUCAGACUGCGCAGGAACACUAUACAACAAAGACGCGAUCAUUGAACAGCUCCUCCCCAAAGACCUAGACACCCCCGCCUCCGUACUGAAAGAGAAAGAAGAUGUGCUGCAGGGACGAGUCAAGGGUUUGAGAGAUGCGGUUGAGGUCAAGUUCACAGUUUUGAAGGAGGACAAGAGCGAAAAGUGGGUGUGUCCUGUUACGAGUAAGGAGCUAGGCCCAAACACGAAGAGUGUGUACCUGGUGCCAUGUGGACAUGCGUUCUCUGAAGCGGCGAUCAGGGAGGUGAAGGGCGAUGUUUGCGUGGAGUGCAAUGAGGCGUACAAGGAGGGGGAUAUCAUACCCAUUGUGCCACUUGCCAAAGAGGAUAUUGCGAAGCUGGCUGAGAGGAUAGCUAGGUUGAGGGAGGCGGGGUUAACACAUUCGCUGAAGAAGGCUCCAGGAAGUAAGAAGCGGAAGAAGGGAGAGGCUGCUGCUGAGAACAAAGAAACCACAAAUGGAAAUUCUGUUGAGGCGUCGAAAGUGGAUGUCAAGAAGAAGUCUACGGAAAAUUGGACGUCCAAUGGACAUACGAAGAGUGGAACGGCAACACCAGUUCCCUCAUCAGGGAUCAAAAACUCAGCAACAGCUUCCUUAACAGCCAAAGUCCUGGACGAGCAAGAAGAACGGAAUAAAAGAAGAAAGCUCGGCCUGAACGACAACCUCAAGAGCUUAUUCUCAAAUACAGGAUACAGUGCUCAGACGCACAAGUCGGGAGAUUUUAUGACGAGAGGAUACUCGAUACCCAAGAAAAACUAG